UGGUUGCGAUAACUGGUAAAAUAGUAUUUAAUAGGCUUAUGUUGGUAUAUUUCUGUGAUAAAUAUAUCCAUUUGGGAUAUUUAGUGAAACAUUUCAUAGCUUCAGAAGUAGCUGAAGGAAAAACAGCAACCUAACUUGCAUUAGUUUUGAGAUAUUAGAAAAAUGCUAAUUUUUAAAUAAGUUACUCGUGACUAUAUAAUGCCAAUGGGAAAAAUUCUCUUUGUGGAUUUGGCGUGCUUGCCAAGCCUGACUAGUUGAUUGUUGGACAGUAUUGACGCGAUCUCUUCAAAAUCAAACAUCUACCUAAGAAGUAGUAAUUUUCUGAUGUUGUUUCCUGCUAAACUGAGAUGUACUCUAAACUUAUCAUAUAGUUAAUUACAAGUUGAAUCUGUGACUGAAGGUGACUGCUGAAUCCUCGUCUACGACUCCUGUCUUUAGACUUUAGUACUACAACUUACAAGUUGUACUUUCUGUAAAAGUUAUAAAUCCUCGUAUUGCACGAACUAUAUAAUUCUGUAUUGUAAACUUUAGGUUAGCUUUUAAAAUUAAAUUUCAAUCGUUUCAUUGUAUCUACUCAACAUAAUUUACAGCUUUGAAGACUGUUGAAAACAUGUCAGUAUGUGAUAUUUGUUCAGAGGUGUUGGAUCUUUUGGACAAAUAUGAGGAACAAACAGAAAAGGACUAUCGAGCUUUGGAAAAGCAUGAAGUGGGACUUUUGUGCACAUAUGUUCAAGCCUGGAGCCAAAGACAGUGCACCUGCUGCUUUAAAGAUCCAAAGAGUUUUGAUAAGUUUGGUGCAGUUCUUCAUGGUCUCAUCAGAACUGUUUUGAAUAUUCUUCACAAGCUACCAGAAGAACUGAAAACCAUUACAGAAGUUUCAGAAUCUAAAUGUAAUAAAAAAGAUCAAGAUGAUGAUGAAAAAAGUAAGAAGGAAAAAGCUGGUGAGGAUGAGGACAGUUGUCUAUCUGGUGAUAAAGUAGACAAAGAUGAAGCUAAAAAAACUGAAACCACCCAAAAGAUGACAAACCAAUUAACAUUGUGGAUAGUCCAGAUGAUUCCUCUGAUCCGGGACAGGAUAGUGAAGAUAAAGAAAAAAGAUAGUAAUGAAAGUAAAGAAACUGAUGUGUGGUGGUCAUUGGAAGAAAAAGAGAAACUUUUUCAUUUUGUCAGUAAAGUCUUUCUUUUAAACUUUCCUUUGUAUGUAGCCUUCAAGCACAGCAUUCAUUCCAAAAUAGAGGAAAUCACUCAGGAACAAGUUGCUGCUUUAAGCUGUUAUUGUGAUGUUGGGGACUUAGAUAUUCCCAUUUACCUCCUGAAAAAUGUGUGUUUCUUCUGUGAGAAGGGUGGAUUGAACCAGUUGACAAAUUGCUUUUUGACUAUGGGUCCAGAUGUACUACCAAUGGUUUUAGCACAUGCUAUGAUUGGAUGUACAUCUAAUCUGAAACUAUGGAUGAACAUAGGCUCUAUCGUGAAACUUUUGGUUCCACUUCGAACUUGUGUAAUUAGGUACUUGUGUAAGGUGUCCGACAAAGACUUGAGAGUUGCUGGAAACAGGAACAUGUUUGAGUUUAUGUGGACAGCAGUGAAAGACCCUUUAGAUGCUCCAGCUUCAUUUGACAAGGAAGGGUUGGAUUUAGCCUUCAAGUACUUUACAAGUAGUACUUUGACUAUGAGACUGGCUGGGAUUGCUCAAAUAAAUAGUCAUAUCAACAUGUACAAUGAUCUGUGCCAUAAUGAAAGUCUAGUGGAUGCUGAAAGUGUGGGCAAUGCUCUAUCAAACUGGCUCAUUGACAACAAAGUCAUACCACACAUUUUUGGACCUAAUCUUCAUGUAGAGAUUAUCAAACAGAGCCAUAUAGUACUUAACUUCUUAGCUAUGGAGGGAAGAAUUACAAAUGAAGAGAUUGAUGUGAUAUGGUCUGCUGCUCAGUUGAAACACUGUAGUCGUCAGGUUUUGGAGUUAUUGCCACCACUCAUUAAGAACUUAGAGGUGUCACCAGUUUUACAUUUAUACAAACUGAUUUGUAACCUUGAACCCAGGGAGCAUAAUGAGCAAACACUUCUCCUGGCCUCUGCUUUACUGAAAUGUAUUUGGUCUAGUAGUGGAAGUUUCCAAGGAACUGAUUCUCAUAUUGAUACACAACACACAAACAGUCCUUUUGCCAUGCUUAUGAAAGGAGCACUUCACUUGGGUGAGCUACAGAAAGGCUUUGGUAGAAAACGAGAAUUAAGUAGCAGUGAAAGAAGCUUAAGUGCUGAUGGAAGUAACAGUGAAGAAGAUCAGGCUGAAAUGAGAUGUGCUCCUACCACAGAGCAGGCAGACAGUUCCCAAGUCAGUGACAGGCAGCAUAGUAGUGCUGAUGGAAGUGACCAUACAGCUGACAGCCAACCAAGCAGUCCUAGUGGCCAGGAGGGCUUUAAACAAAUUCUUCUUUCGAAGACGAAAAAAAAAAGAGAACACAUCACUAGGUCAGCUGAGAAGAAAAUGAAGGAAGACACUAGAAGCUCCAGUGGGGAUGAGAGUGAGCUGAGUAGUGUCAGUGAAGAGACCUUACGGAGUGACGUUGAUGUAGUUGAAUCUUCUCAUUUAUCAAACAAAUGUUCUGAACUGCAGGAAGUGAACCAGUCAAGUGUAUCAAAGAAAAAAUCCACUCAGAGGCAAAAAAUGUUACGUCGGAAAAGAGCCAAACAGUUAGCUGCCAAAAGAACCUUGUUAGCAAAGGGACCUUGGUUGAGACGAGAAGAAAAGGACGUCUGUGCUCGACUUACCAUUAGAGAAAUCGAUGGUAGUCCAGAUGGGAAUGAUGAAUCAGACCUCAACCAAGAGAAGCCUGUAGCUCCUCCGAAAACUCCAGAACACAACUCAUCCCCAAUAAAUGCUUUGCCGGAGGGUCAGCUUCCUCGACCACCUGGCCCUCAAUUACUUCCCGAGCUAGUAAAAGCAGUGUUAGAACGAGAAGGCAGUCUUCCACGUUUUAAUGAGGGGUUAGAUACAGAGACAUAUGAUUGCAGACAAUAUCUUUCCAGUCUGCAGCCUCACCAUGAAAUUGGAGGAACUGGAAGUAAUUUGAUAGAAGAUAUCCUUAGUCCAAAUGAUGGCAGCUGUAACAGUUCACAUGCUAGUAACAGAUCAGAAAAGAACAUGGCUGAUUUUGAAGGGGAGGAGAGUGCUUGCGAAGAUGAAUUGGCACAGUUGGCGGCUCAGGCUCAAGCACAUUUAGACAGUCAUCCUAUGCGCUUGAUGAACAUGGCAUGCAUGUACACUCCUCAGCUUCUUGGACCCAAAAUUCAUGGAAAUCAGCGAGGAACUCCUAAGGACAGUGAUCAGGCUUUACAGCAGUUUGAUGUGGACUCUGUGUGUAAACCUGCACAAACCCUACUGUGGGAUCUACUUCAAGAUGAUAAAAUUACACAGCUUGCAGAGGGACUUGCUGCAGAGGCAGAGAGAAUCUUUUGUAACUUGUUGUGCUGGUCCACAGACAAGAUGAUCAGAAUGAAAGUAAUUGAAGGGUGUCUAGACAACCUAGCUCAUCACAAAUCUGUCGUCAUUUCCUUGAGGCUACUUCCAAAGUUGCUAGGUUCUUUUCAACAGUUUCGUAGUGGAACUGAUACCCAUUCUGUGACAAUGUGGGCAGAACGAGAGCAUAAAAUGAUGCACCAUUUCUUCAAUGACCUCAAGGCUUAUACUGUAGCAGUGAAGGCUGGAACCUCACCAAGCAAUAACUUGUAUCCUCACACUGAAGAAAUUCAGGUACGCCUUCAUUUCCUGACGUGUGUUUUCUCUGCUGCUGGCUCUCCUGAACAUUUUAGAUUAAAUCUUGAACAAGUGGACAUCCUGUGGUCAUGCUUAGCUACUGACAAAGAUUGUGCAGAUGAGCUCUUUAGUUGGAUAUUAAACCAGGCUAAAAAUAAAGACCAUACUCAUGCCUUAUGUCUUGAACUCUUCAAACACAUUUUAUUAGAAAAGAUGCCUCAGCUUCCUCCCGAAUCUACCACGAUGACAUCAUUAAAUUUACUGUACCAGUUAAGUAAUGUAGCCCGCUUGUCUACAGCAUCCUAUAACACCUCGGUUUCUGAAGCUGAUGUAUGUGGUAUAGAACAGCUCUGGGGCAUUGCUCUACGUGCUUUGAACACUGAUGUUAGCAUGGCAGCUAUUCAGUACUUGAACAACUACUACAUUAAUGUUCAUCAUGGAACCCUGGAAAGAGAAGAAGAAUUUAUUCAAACAUGUAUGGACAGCCUUAGUAAAGCCAUCCAAAGCUUAUGUGAAGCAGAAGAAAAGAGCUUGAUGAUCAUACAGAGGGCACUAGUUCUUCUGAAAACUCAUGUGGAAGUUUUUCAUCAAAGGUAUGCUUACCAUUUACGACGUUGGCAGUUGAUGGGACAAGGGGUAGUGAGUCAUCGAUCAAGCUUGGGUGAAAGAAGAGCAUCUCCAUUGCGGAUCAUAUGCCAGCCUGCAGGAAUGACAGAAAAGACAACUCUGGAGAUGCAAUUCACAGAUUACCUGGCCAAGUUGAGGGCUGAAGUAACCUACUGGUGGGAGAAGAUGAGAACAAGAAACAAAACCAACCAGUCAAAGGAAUCUGAAGCCACAACAAGUACAGUCACUUCAAGUCUCAUUCUUGGAUCUAUGCUGUCAGAUGGCCCCAUCAGGAUGAUCUCACAGGGUCAAGAACUUACCACAGACCUAGAUGAAAAAACGUUAGCUGAACUUGGUUUUAAGGACCUUCAACUGGUAUACGUUUCUGUUGGUGCAGCACGGCCAAUACGACGUCGUGAAGGUCUUGAACCUGCUUCCAUUCUUCCUCCACCUCCUCAGGAUCGCCUUCCAAUUACUUUACUUUUGAGACCAGAGUAUUUUGAACAGCUGUUUAAUCUGAUGCAACAAUUAGGAUCAUUAAAAACUUACAAUAGAGCUGGAGACACUGUACCACAUACAAAAGCUCAGGUUUUAUCUCGACGAGUAUGGGACAUUUUAUUAAUGCUACCAACGUCUCCAACAAUGUUGGAAGGUUUUAAGACUGUGGGACAGGCAAAAGAAGGAGAAGAAGGGAAUGGCUACACAGAACUGUUGCAGUCAAUACUUAAUCCUGAGAGUCCACAAAAACUCAUGUAUUCCCUCCAAAUAGUGGAGUUCUUACGGAGACAGGGACCUAUAAAGGACUCUGAUGGAUCAGUAACAUCUACAGAAACAACAUCACAAGAAAGUGGAGAUGGAUCAAGCAAGAAAAAAGUGUCUUGGUCAGACAAGUUCAUAGAACAUGGAGGCUUAAGACAUCUGUUUGACAUUUUCAUGUCCAGAAUUCUGCUAUCAAAAGGUGAAAGUGAAUAUUGGAAUGAGUGGUAUCAAGAUAGCCUUGCUUCUCUGCUUCACUUGAUAUACCUGUUUGGUAUCAGUGGUUCAGAAAGUGAUCAGAAACUGGAAGAAGGCCAUGAUGUUUUGGAGACACCACGGAAGCGUAACAAACGGGGUAGGAAGGGUAGCAGUGAUAAACUUCUGGUUCCUAAAUUAAAUCAGACAAUGUUACAAAUGACCAGGGAUGUGGAAACAGUAUUGAAUAAGCUGAUGAGCAUACUUUAUGAAGCAACAUUACCUUCUGACCCUAACCAGUAUAAGACUGGAUUCUGGGGUCGGUCACAGGUUGUGCACUGCACCAUGACUUUGUUGGUGUCUUUAGCUUUAUCAGAACCUCUUUUGAAGAUGUAUCUGUUUCAACACCCACGAUUAGAUUCACUACUCAAAAGGCUGGUGUUAGAUGAUCCUGAGCCAGCUGUGAGACAGGAAGCUUGUACUGCCCUCUAUCGCCUGUGCUUAGGAAACACAGUUGAUGGUAAAACUGGUCAUAGCUACAUCCCUCCUCUUCUCAACAGUCUUUUGAGCUUUUUGUCUGCAGCACAGAAUAUGAGACCUCCAAGGCCUGAUGAUGAAGAGAAUAAGGAACCUUAUGGUCCUGGCUGCAAGGACUAUUUCUGGCUUGUGUGUCGUCUCGUUGACAGUGUUGAUGAAGAAAGUUUGCAAGAAUGUUCACAGGACCAGCGGUCAUCAGUUGACUUAGACAGUCUUAUCCGUUACCUUGCCGAAGCUAUCAUUAGUCGGGACUUUCGUGAGACUCGUCACAAUACUAUCGAAGAUGAUGGUUUAGGUGGUCUUCUGACUCUAGCAACAGUGGUUAUGAAACAUAAUCCUUCAUACAAGUUUUCUAAAGAGGGUCAGGAAUUUCUUCUCCAAGUUUUUGACUGUCUCUUUGCACUUCCUAGUCCAAAGAAACGUUACUUGCCCAAGUGUAAAUCUCACCCAGUGAGGUCAGCAGCUUUUGAUUUAUUGGUAGAACUAGUGAAAGGUAAUGAAGAGAACUACAGGCUUCUGCAUUCCAAGUUAAUGAGUCAACACACUCCAGAUUCACAUUCUCAGUACCCCUGGGACUACUGGCCUCAUGAAGAUGGUCGUUCUGACUGUGGGUAUGUUGGACUUACUAAUCUGGGUGCUACCUGUUAUAUGGCAUCAUGUAUGCAACAUUUGUACAUGAUGCCAUUAGCCAGAGCUUCUAUCUUGUCUGCCAGGGUUGGUAAUAACAGCAAACAUGGGAACACCUUAAAGGAGUUACAGAGGAUGUUUGCUUAUCUCAUGGAGAGUGAAAGAAAAGCAUACAACCCUCGUGGAUUCUGUAAGGUUUACACUAUGGACCAUCAACCUCUCAACACAGGGGAACAGAAGGAUAUGGCUGAGUUUUUUACAGACCUCAUAAGUAAACUUGAAGAGAUGACACCACAAUUGAAAGAACUUGUCCGAAAUCUUUUUUGUGGCGAGAUAUCCAACAAUGUUGUUUCUCUGGAUUGUCCCCACAUCAGUCAGACAAUGGAGGAAUUUUACACCCUUCGCUGUCAAGUAGCUGACAUGCGAAACCUCUAUGAGCAACAUCGUCGAUUGCAAAAGGUGGUUGGAUUGGAACAACACUACUAUUUGGGUACCCAUUCCACCACCUUGUCCCGAGAUCCAUCUGUACCCAGACGCAUCUUUUCAGGGAUGGGGACCUUAUCUUCAAGGUCAGGAGUUCCAGGGUAUUUGGAUGGAAGUCGAGUCUAUCCUUCAUAUCAAUGUUCUCGAACUCCUUGCAAUGCACUGGACAAUGAUCAUCAGGAUAACAAAGACCAAGAAGAAGAGGAAAGUUAUGAAUAUGACUUGAUUGGAGUAACUGUCCACACAGGCACUGCUGAUGGUGGUCACUACUACAGUUUUAUACGGGAGCGACAGAAUCCUGGAAAAGACAAGUGGUUUUUGUUUAAUGAUGCUGAAGUGAAACCUUUUGACCCAGCUCACAUCGCAGCUGAGUGCUUUGGUGGAGAAAUGACGAGUAAAACUUAUGAUUCAGUCACUGAUAAGUUCAUGGACUUCUCAUUUGAAAAGACUAAUAGUGCGUACAUGCUCUUCUAUGAGAGAGUUAAUCCAAAGGAAGUCCAACAGAGUCUGCCUGGACAAACAGCAAGUGGUCAGCCUACUUUAGAAGUGACCAGUGAUCAGAACCAGACCUUUGAACUUUCUCAGGAACUGGCUGAGUGGAUCUGGCAAGACAACAUGCAGUUUCUUCAGGAUCGAAGUCUGUUUGAGCAUACAUACUUCAAUUUCAUGUGGCAGAUCUGUGGUUAUAUACCUCAGACUCUCUCGGGAUGUAAGGAUAUCACUCUGCUGUCUGCUAAACUAGGAACAUCUUUUGUUUUAGAAACUUUUAUACAUGCUAAAGAAAAGCCCACUAUGGCUCAGUGGAUAGAACUUCUAACGAAACAGUUUAAUGCCAGUCAGAGUGCAUGUGAGUGGUUUUUAGACCACAUGGCAGAAAAUGACUGGUGGCCAGUACAGAUACUUAUUAAAUGUCCUAACCAGGUUGUGAGGCAGCUGUUUCAAAGGCUAUGCAUUCAUGUGAUCAACCAGUUGAAACCCCUUCACUCUCCCUAUUUCCACCAGUAUGGAGACAGUGAUGACUCCACAGAUGUGGAUUUUAGCCAACUUGGCCAGGAUUCAUGUGUUACCCGUUUCAUCAAAAAGCUUCUCACAUUGAUUGAACAUGGAGCCAAAGAACAUUUGAAACAUUUGACAGAAUACUUUGCUUUCUUAGUGGAGUUUGCUAAGAUGGGGGAAGAGGAAUGUCAAUUCCUUUUGUCUGUAGAAGCCAUUACUACCAUUGUCAAUUUUUAUCUGGGACAGAAAAGUUCAGAUGACACAGGCUGUGUUGAGGUAGUAUCUGAUGAAGAUGAUGAUGAUGAUGAAGUGGUUUCAUCAGUAGAUGAUAAGUACAAACCUGCAUCACUAGAGAAGAUGAUUACCCUGGUGGCUCUGCUAGUAGAAAGAUCGAGAGGGGAUGAUCAUCGUCUUCAUUUGUCUCAUAAUGACUUCAGUACAGUAGCAGGAGGAAAGGGUUUUCCAUUUUUACAUCAGCAGAUCCGAGAUAAUAUCAAUUUACGACAGACUUGCAAUCUCAUAUUUAGUUUGUGUCGUUGGAAUGAACCCCUAGCUCACCAUAUAAUCAACAUGAUCUUCUCAGCCAUAACCAAACAACAAGAGGCAAGUGGCCCUUUCUUCAAGUUGUUAUCUAUGCUGGUGGAGUUUGUGGGUGGCCCUCCAGGUUUGCCUCCCUUUACCAACCUCAUCUUACACAGAAUCUGGGAGGCCUCAGAGUAUUGCCCUCAGCAGUGUUUGGAAUGGCUUACCAUGCAGGUUCCUAGAAACAAAGUUGCUCACUCAUGGGUGCUUCAAAACAUGGACAGCUGGGUGGAGAGGUUUCUCAUGGCCCAUAACCUGCAGCGAGUGAGGAAUGUGGCUGCUUUACUUUUGGUAUCUCUUGUUCCGAGUAAUCACUUUCGGCAGGCCUUCAGGUCUACGAGGAGUAUGCUUACCCCUCAGAAAGAAGUAACGAUGAGUGGAGAAGCAUUGGGCAUCAUGCAUCAGAUUUAUGAUAUCCUGUUGAGGAUGUUAAAAAGAGCGAAGCUUUAUGUUGAUCCAGCAGUACAUGGUACAAUGAAACUCAUGUACUACUUUGCUGUACUGACGUACUGUCUCAUAAGUCGUACAGAGAAGCUUAUGUUCAGUCCAUUUUUCUUAGAUAUGUGGAAUCUUUUCCAACCAAAGCUUUCCGAACCAGCUAUCCCUGUCCAUCACAAUAAACAGGCUCUUCUUAUCUUCUGGUACCAAGUGUGUGUAGACUGUCCAGAGAAUGUUAGUUUGAUCAUUCAGAACAGUCAUGUUACUAAGAACAUAGCAUUUAACUAUAUAUUGGCUGACCAUGAUGAUCAAGAAGUGGUGGUGUUUAAUCGUUGCAUGCUCCCAGCUUAUUAUGGUCUGUUGCGCCUUUGUUGUCAGCAGUCACGGAGUUUUGCACGUCAGCUGGCGAGCCAUCAGAAUAUCCAGUGGGCUUUCAAAAACAUCACACCUUACACAACACAGUAUACAUCAGCAGUGAACGAGUUAUUCAAAUUAAUGAAAAUAUUUGUAACAAAGCAUCCUGACAGUACAGAACAGGAAAUCCGAGAAAUCCAUCACUUCAAGAGAACAACCUUGCGACUGUACCUAACCGUUCUUGAUGCUCGUGCUUGUUGGGCUACCUUAAUCAAUGCUCUACGCCACCUAGUGGAGACAACAGAUGAUCGCUUGUUUGUUAUCUGUAACAGUGGCCUGGCCAUGCUGUUUCAGGCUUUCCAUACACUACACAUAAUGUAUCAAGAAGCCACAGCCUGUCACGUCACUGAAGACAUGGUCGAGCUUCUAGCCAUUGUACUUGACCUAUUGAAGUGUGCACAAGGAUGUCAGGACACACCAGAAGUCAGUCAGUGGCUGUCCUCAUGGAAACAACAUACAGAUGUGAUACACAAAUUGUUGACCCUUCUCAACUCUUACACUCCUCCUAAGGUUCGCCACAUAUGUAUAGAAGUGCUUCAAGAGCUGAUUCUAUUAUACCCAAAUGAAAACUUGUCAUCCAUCAUACGUUUGUUAGGCAGCUGUCAUACAUCAUUCCUAGAAAGUAGCAGCCCAAUCACUCCUGGUCCUUAUUUUCCACGAAGGAAUCAGAUGAUGUUACCCACCAAAACAAGUAUUCGGCCACAGAGGUUGAUGUUUCAAAUGUUCCUCCAUCCUAACCAGCUAGAGUGUGCUAAGGGUGUUGAUGAAGCCUAUGAUCAAGCUGUCCUCGAGUUUUUUCUCCCAUACCAUCAGUUUGUAGAUAUGUUGUGUCGUAUUGCCAUCACACAUGAUGCCAUUGACUUGGACCUGGUCAACCUGAGUUCUUUGUUAGCUAUUGAAGGAACAUCUCUUCAUCUUGCUAUCUUUCCAAAACUAUGGCUUGACAUUUAUCAAUUAGAGCAACAGCUGGGAAAGGAGUUCUUGAAGCUACUUUGUAAUAGCAACUUCUUCAUUGACUACUUGGAGACGGUGUUAGUGGAUGAAAGAAUGUGUCUAAACAACCUCUUUGUAUAUCAAGUAUUUUCCCUUUUUAUGCCUAAGGUGGCAAAUCAAUUAAUCAAUGAGCAGACGAUGUCACUUACAUCCUCUCUGAUCUCAUCUGUGAUAGACAGUUUAAAGUCCCCCAGUUUAGCAAAACAAGCUUUAAAAUUGAAUGGGGACUUAAGAGCUUUGCUCCUGCUGCUCUCUUUGGAGAAACCAAGAGAUGGUUUAAACAAACUUAAAGAAGCCAUUUCAAACUUAAAAGAUCAAUGUCAAGAUCUCUUGAAGUCUACAGAUCACACAACUGAAAAUGUCAACAUCACAGAGGAUAGCACAAAAGAAACAGAAGAACCCCCUUGUAAAAAGGUACGAAUAUCUAGCGAAGAAGCAUCAGCUACGGAUCAAGGUGGAGGAGAUGAAUCUACAGAGAGUGAGGCUUCUACUAGCAUUCCAAAAGAAACCCCGAUGGGUGACAACCAAUCACAAGUUGCAAAUCAAACUACUCACUGGGCUGAAGUGUUACUCAAGUCAACAUCUGCUUUAUUAGGAAUUUUAAAUGAGAAGACAUGAAAGUAUUAGUAACAGCCAGUCUUUGGGAGUAAUGUAGAAACUUAGUAAUAUAUUGUGCAUAUAACUGAUGACUGGAGAAUUCAGUUUUUAUUAACCAUGUUUUCUCUAUCCUGCUCAGAAGGUUUUGUCUUCAGGGUGCUUUACCUAUCCUUGGUGGUUCCUAACAUAAGAAGACAGUCUACUGAAGAGAGAACUGUGCUUUUUCUUUUAAAUUGUGGUUGAACGUUACUUAUAGCGUUCAUAAAUAAAUAUGGAAAGGACCAAAUUAA